AUGGAUCUUUCUUCCUCCUCUGCAUCCAUAAAAAGCAGCAGCAACACGCCGACAGUCUCUUUGCCUUCUUCCCCGCGACAACAGAGUAGCUGGCCGUGUCGAUUCUUCUUCCUUCUCCUUCCCUUCUUCUUCACCUCGAUUUCAUACCAGGAAAUCGCCUUCUGCCCGCUCGGCGAGUACUGGCGGCAGAUGAAGCGGAUUUCGUUAACUGAGUUUCUGGGCACGAGAGCGGUGCAAGAUUUCUCAUCAAUCCGUGAAACAGAGGUUUCGAGUCUAGUAGACUCUAUCCGCAGCUCAUCUCAGAACGAUAAAAACCCAAUCAACAUCAGCGAGUCGAUGCGGGAGGCUGCGCAGGUGGCCAGAGGAUUCGACUUGCUCGAUUUCUACCCUUCUCUGGAGUUCUUACACGGGGCUAGCGGGCAGAAAUUGAAGACGGCCCAAAACAGAGCAUCAAUGUAUGGUUGUGGGAGUGGCAGCAGCGGCGGCCGGAAUCCUGUUGGUGGUUGGCUGCACAAGGAGCACAAGCGAUGGAUGAGGAUGGGGGAUUGGGUUGAGAUGGGAUGGAGAUGGCGGGGAGCAGAAUCCGCCGGAAGUUGCGAUUUGGUGUUCGGGUUUGGAGUGCGGAGGGACUAG